CAACUAACCAUGAAGAAAAAUAUUAUCAAUACACGGUUCUCUUUUAUAAACGUUCCCAAUGUGAUUGUUCCAGAUAUUGAAAAGGAAAUAAGGAGGAUGGAAAAUGGAGCAUGCAGCUCCUUUUCUGAUGAUGAUGAUGAUGACGACAGUGCCUCCAUGUUUGAAGAGUCAGAGAAUGAAACCCCCCAUGCAGGGGAUUCCUUUAGAAAUAACUCACACAGAAGGGGACCAACACAGAGGGAGCACUACCUGCCUGGUGCCAUUGCACUUUUCAACGUUAACAACAGCAGCAAUAAGGAGCAAGAACCAAAAGAAAAAAAGAAAAAGAAGAAAGAAAAGAAGAGCAAGUCAGAUGAUAAAAAUGUAAAUAAAAAGGACUCAGAGAAGAAAAAGAAGAAAGAAAAGGAAAAAGAGAAGAAAAAGAAAGAGGAGAAAGGCAAAGAUAAGAAAGAAGAGGAGAAGAAAGAAGUCACAGUUAUCGAUCCCUCAGGAAACACAUACUACAACUGGCUGUUUUGCAUCACUUUACCUGUCAUGUACAACUGGACUAUGAUUAUUGCAAGAGCAUGUUUUGAUGAACUUCAGUCUGAUUACUUAGAAUAUUGGCUCAUUUUUGAUUACCUAUCAGACAUAGUCUAUCUUCUUGAUAUGUUUGUACGAACAAGGACAGGUUACUUGGAACAAGGACUGCUGGUAAAGGAAGAGGUUAAACUCAUAGAGAAAUAUAAAUCAAACUUGCAAUUUAAACUUGAUUUUAUAUCACUGAUACCAACUGAUCUGCUGUAUUUUAAGCUAGGGUGGAACUAUCCAGAAAUUAGAUUGAACAGACUGUUAAGGAUCUCUCGGAUGUUUGAAUUCUUCCAGAGAACAGAAACGAGAACAAACUACCCAAACAUCUUCAGGAUUUCUAAUCUUGUUAUGUAUAUUGUCAUCAUUAUCCACUGGAAUGCAUGUGUGUACUUCUCUAUUUCCAAAGCUAUUGGAUUUGGAAAUGACACAUGGGUGUAUCCUGAUGUUAAUGAUCCUGAAUUUGGCCGUUUGGCUAGAAAAUAUGUGUACAGCCUUUACUGGUCUACACUGACUUUGACCACAAUUGGUGAAACACCACCUCCUGUGAGGGAUUCUGAGUUUGUCUUUGUGGUGGUUGAUUUCUUAAUCGGAGUGUUAAUUUUUGCUACCAUCGUUGGUAACAUAGGUUCUAUGAUUUCCAACAUGAAUGCUGCCAGAGCAGAAUUUCAAGCAAGAAUUGAUGCAAUCAAGCAGUAUAUGCAUUUUCGAAAUGUAAGCAAAGAUAUGGAAAAGAGAGUUAUUAAAUGGUUUGACUAUCUGUGGACCAACCAAAAAACGGUUGAUGAGAGAGAAGUCUUGAAGUAUCUACCCGAUAAGCUGAGAGCAGAGAUCGCCAUCAACGUUCACUUAGACACGUUAAAAAAAGUGCGUAUUUUUGCGGACUGUGAAGCUGGUCUAUUGGUGGAGUUGGUCUUGAAAUUACAGCCCCAAGUCUACAGUCCUGGAGAUUACAUUUGCAAGAAAGGGGAUAUCGGGCGAGAGAUGUACAUCAUCAAGGAGGGGAAACUGGCUGUGGUGGCAGAUGAUGGAAUCACUCAGUUUGUGGUAUUGAGUGAUGGUAGCUACUUUGGUGAGAUCAGCAUCCUUAACAUUAAAGGUAGCAAAGCCGGCAAUCGAAGAACAGCCAAUAUUAAAAGCAUUGGCUACUCAGAUCUCUUCUGUCUCUCAAAAGAUGACCUCAUGGAAGCUCUGACUGAGUACCCAGAUGCCAAAACUAUGUUAGAAGAGAAAGGAAGGCAAAUCCUGAUGAAAGAUGGCCUGCUGGAUAUAAAUGUCGCAAAUGCUGGAAGUGAUCCUAAGGAUCUUGAGGAGAAGGUCACCCGAAUGGAGGGGUCCGUAGACCUCUUGCAAACGAGGUUUGCUCGGAUCCUGGCGGAGUAUGAGUCAAUGCAGCAGAAACUGAAGCAAAGACUCACUAAGGUCGAGCGAUUUCUGAAACCACUUAUUGACACAGAAUUUUCAGCUCUUGAAGGAUCUGGAGUUGAAAGUGGGCCCAUGGACUCCACCCAGGACUGAA